AACAGAAGGCACCACCACCACCAAGCUCUAGUGACAUCAGGGCCUCAGGCGACUUCUGGACUUUCACUGCGAUUAGCGACCAGGGAGGGAUCUUCGACUAUGACCAGUGAUCUUCGACUACGAUCAGUCAUUGUGACUAGCAAUCUUCGACUACGAUCAGCGAACUCAGAUUGCGAUCAGCCACUGCGACCAGCGAUCUUGACUGCAAACCAGCGAACCCAGACUGCGAUCAGCGACUCAGACGAACCAAGCGAACCAGCGAGCUCAGGCGUCAUCUCCUCCUUUUAAGGUAAAAACUUCCUUUCAUAUCUUAUACAAUAAAACUAUGGUUUGUGUUUUUGGGCAUAAAAUGAUCUAACCAGGUUAGUGUUUGUGAGUCUGUGACAGUGUGACUACAUCUCUUUAUUAUGUAAUUUUUUAGUAUGACGUGUGAU